ACUUUCCAAAGUGUACCAAACGAACACCAUGGCUGACGAACAUGAUCUGAUCGAAAUCGCUGCGGCCCGCAAGAAGCGCGCCUUCAAGAAGUUCACGUACCGUGGCGUGGACCUUGACAAGCUCCUCGACCUCAACCACGAAGAGCUCAUGGACCUCGUGAACGCGCGCGCCCGCCGCCGCUUCUCGCGUGGUCUUAAGCGCAAGCCGAUGGCGCUCAUCAAGCGCCUGCGCAAGGCCAAGCAGGAGGCCAAGCCCCUUGAGCGCCCGCGUGGUAUCAAGACGCACCUCCGUAACAUGAUCGUCGUCCCCGAGAUGAUCGGCUCGGUCAUCGGUAUCUACAACGGCAAGUCGUUCAACGGUGUCGAAAUCAAGCCCGAGAUGGUCGGCCACUACCUUGGUGAACUCUCGAUCACGUACAAGCCCGUCGCCCACGGUCGCCCCGGUAUCAACGCCAUGCACCAGAACCGCUUCAUCCCCUUGUAAAUGUCUACAAGAGGCCUCAGCUCUUGGCGCUUGUCAUGGUUUGCUAACCUCCUGUGAAUACAUGACGCUUUGGUACACCACGC